AUGGAGCCGCUUUCCUCCUCGGGGCUCUCUGCGCCAGGGACGCCUCUUCCCCGCAGAGCACUGCAGUCCUCUCGCAUGCAAUAUCGAAAUCGCCCAGUCACAGUGGCUGUAGACCCUGUUUCUCUCGUCAUAUCUGAAUGUAUCGCCAUUACUUCAGCCAUUCAGAAGCAUGCUCGUUCGCCGCAUUCUUCUGUCUCUGCGAUCCUCGGCGGCACGCCCAAUCCGGUGCAGCUAGGCCCUCCUAGCCCGGCCUUGAACAGUAGCCGAAAGAGCGCUUCCGCAGCAAGCCUACCGGCCGAGGCUUCGAGCGACUUUGGACCGACAAAUAGAUGGGGUCUCCGGGGCAAGAAGGGCAAGAGUAUGGUGGACAACCCGCUGAUCUCGGGGUUCGGCAGACUGCGACACGAAUUGACUGGAGUCAAAGAUAUCCACAAGUUCGAUUCCCUGAUGCUCCUCUAUCCCUUCCUCCAGAUCAUUCAGUCCAAGGGGAUUACUGCGCCGAUCACGGUGCUUGCGCUUCGAGCAAUCCGCAAGUUCCUCGCUUAUGGUUUCCUGAGCCCUGAAUCCCCACGCUUUGCCCUGGCGAUGCAAUCUCUAGCGCAGGCCAUCACACACUGCCAAUUCGACAUUAGCGAUUCCACGCAGGAGGAGGUUGUUCUGUUGAUGAUCUUACACUUGAUGGAGGACAUGAUGUCCGGACCCGGGGGCGAUAUACUCAGCGACGAAAGUGUUUGCGACAUGAUGGGCCGGGGCUUGACUAUAUGCUCCCGGCCCAGGUUCACCGAGGUUCUUCGGAGAACCGCCGAAGCUUCUAUGGUGCGGAUGUGCCAGAUCAUCUUUGAGGAUUUGAAGCACCUUGAGGAGGAGGCUGGUGAUGAUCCCGAGGCGUUGGACAAGAAGACCAACGGGGAUAUGGACAAUGUGACAAUGGACCCGGCUGCAAACGGCACCGACGUCCCCGCAACGCCAGAGCCCCCUACUCCUCGAGACACUCCGCGGCCAUCAACGAGCGGAGAGGCAAACAGCAGCGAUGGGUCUUCUUCCAAUGAGACUGACAAUGCACCCGACACGGCUGCUGAACCUGCCGAGAGGACGUCAACUGAGACUGGCGAGGAGGCGGCUAGCAGACAGAGCACGAGUGCCAGCACAGACAGCUCCGACUCGAUCGAUCUCAAACCCUACUCGCUUCCCUCUGUCCGGGAGCUAUUCCGCGUCUUGGUCAACUUCUUGGAUCCGAAUGAGCGAAAAUAUCCUGACACGAUGCGGGUGAUGGCCCUUCGCAUCAUCCAUGUGGCCCUCGAGGUUGCCGGCCCUUCGAUCGCCAGGCACCCGGCGCUGGCCACAGUUGCAGAAGACCGUUUGUGCUGCUAUCUUUUCCAACUGGUGCGCUCUGACAACAUGGCCAUUCUCCAAGAAUCCUUGGUCGUGGCGUCGACAUUGCUAUCGACCUGCCGCGGCGUCUUGAAGCUGCAGCAGGAGCUCUACCUGGCGUACCUGAUCUCCUGCCUCCACCCAGCGGUCGAGAUCCCUAGGGAGGCCAACAUUGAUCCCUCCCUCUACGCCGGCAUCCCCCAGUCUCCCAAGUUGAUAAAGCCCCCGCCAUCUCAGGCGAGCAGUGGCCGCUCUACCCCAGUUCCUGUCAAAGACCGCCAGAAGCUAGGUUUAGAGGGUGGCGCUAGGAAGCCGGACGCGAGACAAGCCAUGGUAGAGAACAUAGGUGUGCUUGCGAGGAUGCCCACAUUCAUGGUCGAACUGUUCGUCAAUUAUGACUGUGACACCGAUCGAGCGGAUCUUUGCGAGGACAUGAUCGGCUUGUUGUCGCGCAACGCCCUCCCUGAUUCCGCAACGUGGAGCACAACUAGUGUUCCGCCGCUGUGCCUCGAUGCCUUGUUGCGCUUCAUCCAAUUCAUCGCAGAGAGGAUAGACCAAAAGCCUGUCCUUGACGGCUUGCCAGACCCCAAGGCUCUGCGAGAAGCACGCGCGAGGAAGAAGGUGAUUGUCAAGGGUGCCAACAAGUUCAACGAGAACCCUAAAGGGGGGCUUGCAUAUUUGCAUGAAAAGGGCAUUAUCUCCGACUUGAAGGACCCCAGGACGGUUGCCCGUUUCCUCAGGGGCACAUCCAGAUUAUCCAAGAAGAUGCUUGGUGACUUCUUGUCCAAAAAGGGUAACGAGCCUAUCCUAGAGGCGUUUAUGGACUUCUUUGAUUUCGGCAGCAAGCGUGUUGACGAAGCGCUCCGGGCCGUCCUGGAGAGUUUCCGCUUGCCCGGUGAAUCCGCUCUGAUUGAGAGAAUCAUUACCUCCUUCUCGGAGAGGUAUUGCGCCAUUGCGAUGCCGGAAGAGAUUGCUGACAAGGACGCUGCAUUCGUGCUCAUCUAUGCAAUCGUUCUCUUGAAUACCGACCAGCACAACCCAAAUCUCAAGCCAGAAAAGCGGAUGACCUUGACUGAUUUCUCUCGGAAUCUGCGCGGAGUCAAUGCUGGCAAAGACUUCGCUCCCGAGUACCUUGAAGCCAUCUACAACACUAUCAAGACCAACGAGAUCAUUCUUCCGGACGAGCAUGAUAACAAACAUGCAUUCGACUACGCAUGGCGCGAACUGCUGCUCAAGACAGAGUCGACUGGGCCGCUGAUUACUUGUGACACCAACAUCUACGAUGCAGACAUGUUUGCGACAACAUGGAAGCCUAUUAUCGCAACUCUGUCCUAUGUCUUCAUGUCUGCCACUGACGAUACCGUCUUCGGUCGCAUCGUUCAAGGGUUCGACGAGUGUGCUCAGAUCGCCGCAAAGUAUGGGAACACCGAGGCCCUUGACCAGAUCAUCUACUGUCUCAGCCACAUGACCACAAUCGCCAACGAUACACUCGCAAACACCAACCUUAACACGGAGGUGCAAGUCGAUGGCAACAGUGUCAUGGUUAGUGAGCUGGCUGUCAAGCUAGGCAGGGAUUUCAGGGCCCAGCUUGCGACUUUGGUGCUCUUCCGAGUUGUUACUCGAAAUGAGCACAUCAUCCGCAAGAGCUGGAAAUACAUCAUUCGCAUAUGGCUCAACCUCUUCGUCAACUCACUGAUCCCGCCUUUCUUCUCCACCGACCCUGCACGGGUAUCCCUUCCUGCGAUCCCGCUACAGACCCCCAACCAGGUCAUCGACCGGAGUGCGAAACAGAACGAGAGCGGAUUUUUCUCCGCUUUCACAUCAUACAUCUCAAGUUAUGCGGCGGAUGAUCCUCCUGAGCCAUCUGAUGAAGAGCUAGAGAGCACGCUCUGCACGGUGGACUGCGUAAAUGCCUGUCACAUGGGAGAUGUGUUUGCUAAUGUAGCGAACCUUACCGGAGAAAGCCUCGAAGCUCUUGUUCAAGCGCUGCUUGAGGAGAUUCCGGAUGAUCAUGGUUCUGAGGCGGUGAUCUCAGUCAAGGCAGACAACCACCCACCCACCUCAACUCCAUCCCCACAAAAAGCAUCAGCGAAAGCCAAGUACGAUCCGACAGUGGUCUACAUCUUGGAAUUCUGCACCGUGCUUGCCCUCAGGGACGAGACAACGGCUGAGGAGCUUGGAAAGCAAGUCAUUGAGGCUCUUCAGGCGGUCUUGCGGGAUGUCUCGCACUAUCACUCAAUUCUCAUUGGGCGGGCAACAUUUUACUUGUUCAGGCUGCUACGCGCCACCUAUGAACACGACUUCAUCCGCGCCCCUAUCCUGCUGCACACCAUCUCCAGCUUCUCCAAGGACUAUUUGAAGAAGACCUCAAAGCUCGUCUUGCAAGGUCUCAAACUCUGUAUUGCUGAGCCAGGUCCUCUACGAAGCGAGAUAAUGACCUCGCCGGACUUCUGGGUGAUACUCGGCACGCUUGCUUCCCACGAAGAUUCCGCUCCCACAGUCUUCGAAAUCCUGGAGAGCGGGGUCGGCGGCUCUCCUCCAGCCAUCCUUGCGGACAACUACGAAGCUGCCAUUUCGCUGCUUAACGAGUUCGCGACUGCUGCUAGUGUUGGCGCAGUGGCAGAGCAGAAGCCGGAUAGGAAAGCCAAGAGAUCUCCCCGCCCUUCCUCAAAACCUGACACGCCUAGCGAGAACGGUGCAGUGCAACGGGGCAUCAAAGCCGUGAAGCUCAUUUACAAUAUGACCUCCCGCAUUCCCCAUCUCAUGAAACAGUCUCAUCUCGAGGCGAAGGAAGCGUGGUCGGCAUACUGGCUUCCGAUAUUCCAAGCCCUGACCACCCAAUGCACCAACCCUUGUCGUGAAGUCCGACAUCUUGCUUUCUCAUCGUUGCAGAGCUCGCUUCUGUCGCCCGAAUUGACCUCAAGUGACCACAGCGAGUGGACUGCAAUCUUUGGCGAGGUUCUCUUUCCGUUGAUUCUCCGACUCCUGAAGCCCGAGGUCUACUCGACGGAUAGGGACGGAAUGAGCGAGACAAGAGUGCACGCAGCGUCACUGCUGUGCAAAGUAUUCUUGCAGUACCUCGUACUACUCUCAUCAUGGGACGGCAUGCUCGAUCUUUGGCUGAAGAUCAUUGACAUCAUGGAUCGCCUCAUGAACAGCGGCCAAGGAGAUAGCUUGGAGGAAGCUGUCCCUGAAAAUCUCAAGAACGUCCUCUUGUUCAUGUCGAGCAGCGGAUACCUGGUGCCACCGUCCCAGGAUCCCUCGAAAGAGAAGUUGUGGACCGAGACCUGGAAGAGGAUCGACCGCUUCUUGCCGGAUCUCAAGAGCGAGCUUGCGCUGGAGGAACCUCCGGCAGGUGAGAAGCAGAAGGAGGAGUCCAGCUCGGUGGAGAGUGAAGAGGCGACUGCUGCGCAUGCGAAGGAGCAGACUGAGUAG